AUGGGAGAUGAGAAUCCUAAUGGCGUUGCAAUGAAGAUUAAAGCAAUGUUGGAGAAGGAGAAUCAAGUCCCUUUCUUUAUUCUUGAGAAGCUUUACAAUCUAGCUUUUCCUUCUACAUUGAAUAGUGGCAACCCAAGCCAUUCUUCAUUACUAAGUCUCACUCUUCUUUUUAUAGUUCCUUCUGAUAGUAUCAUUUCUGGUAGUGAUCUUGGGAUAUUCUUAUCCAAUGUUGGUAGAAUAUCUCAUUUCACAGAUCUAUCAAGAAAGCUUCUAUUAAUAUCCUCUCACUUGUUCCAACCAUCAGCCUCUACACGCUCAAGAGGAGCAAAGUUAACACACAUUUAUAGUGCAACUAAGUUGAAUGAAGCUGGUGUGAAGUUUGAGAUAAACAAAAAUACUCACUGCUUACUAGACUUGGAAAUUUCAGGUCAUAGUUUUAGAAUCCCAUUUAUUAGAGUGGAGGAUUGGACUGAAGUUGUUUUGAGAAAUUUGUUAGCUUUUGAGCAAUGCCACUGCAUCGACGAAUCCUAUCUCGCUGACUACAUUGCUGUCUUUGAUUUCCUUAUCAACACGGACAAAGAUGUAGAUUUGCUGAUUAAGAAAGGAAUAAUUGAGAAUUGGUUAGGUGAUAGCAAUGCAGUGGCUGAAAUGUUCAAUGGUCUUGCAGUGAAUAUUCUGUAUCCAGAUUUUAAUGAGCAAUAUUUCCACAUUUCUGAAGAGUUGAACACUUUCUGCAAUCACCCUUGGAACAGAAAAGUAGCAACUUUGAAGCGCGAUUACUGCAACACUCCAUGGAAGACAGUGGCUUCCAUUGCUGGAAUUUUUCUGCUUAUUCUCACUGUUAUUCAGACAGUAUUUUCCAUUCUCCAAGUAGUACACUAG